AUGUGUCCGUAAAGUAGUCUAUAUACGGCAUGAACUGGUGAGGGAUCAAGUGUUCGAACCGCAGCAGACUUCUCCAAAUAUGGCAGUCCACAGUAACAUGGAGCGGGGAACAUGCGCGCCUUUACUGCUGGGUACUGGGUGCUUACUUUCACGAAAACAUGGAUGUGCAACUUUGAUUCAGGCAGCUUUUCGAGGUUUUCAAAUUCGCUCUAUCCUUCUGAAAGCUGUUCGGACAGAAUUCGAACAACGGUUUGAAAAACUUGAGAGCCUCUAUCCUUCUGAGAAUUUCUGCCACGAUAUUUCCUAUCAUAUACACAACAGCCCGGCAGCUGUGAGAUCACACGGCUCCUCACGUGAUGAGGUCUCAAUUGACAGCAGCAGCACCAGAAUAGCAGCAAACCCUGCAUCUUUAGAUGGAGAUCAAGACUCAAACAGAGGGAGAGAGGUAGUAGUAUGGCUGGCAGGACCCGCCAUCAUCUGUAGACCUACCAUAACCGCGGCAGCAGAUGCAUUCCACUCCCUAAUACAUCACAGAGCUUCAGACACCCUCAUGUCCCUUGCUUCUUCAGUCGAGAUGACAUCUACUCCUGUCAAUUCAGUCGUCUCGCCACAUCAGCUGCCUGGGGUUUGUUGUCGUACCCAGGAGGAGGAGGAGGAGGAGGAGGAGGAUGCAUCAGCCGAUGCCCUGGGGUUUGAACCUAAAGUGGGAAUGACAUCUACAGUGUAUGUCAAUGAGGGUACUCAUCCGCUGCCUGCUGGUUGCCGUUGUUCCCAAGCGGCGAUGCCUGAGAAAGAGAAGGAGGACAGAUCACCUGAUGCCCCUCAGUUUGAACCUAAAGUGGAAAUGACAGAUUCCCAUAGAAAUGGUGAUGUCAAUCGAGAUGGACAAAUCUGUGGCGCUGAUGACAAUGGACAAAUCCGUCCUGGUGGUGACGGACAAAGUGUUAUUUUGCUGAUCCCAACCAAAGAAGAGAGAAAGGCCCAACUGAGGAAGUUGAUUGAGCUGGAGCUGUCAUGGACAAGGAACGCAUUACUGCUUCGCAAACAGCAUCUCAGGCAACUGAAGGGGGCAAGAGCCACUACAAGAGACCAGUACUUGCCAACCUCGAUGCCAUCGUCAUCAUAUCGUGGCGAGGUCCUGGUGUCCUCCAAAGAAAAAUGAUGGUGGGCAGUGAUGCAGGUGUGGACCACUCUUCAUGAUGCUGGAACUUGGAACGGUCUGAUUGUGUAGGUUACCCCUCUUCCGUGCUUCUUGUAAGGAAGAGUAGUGCUACAGGAGGCUCGAGUCAACACCAGCCUCGAUGUCAUCGUCAUCAUAUCAUGACGAGGUCCUGGUGUCCUCCAAAGUAAAUGAUGGUGGGCAGUGAUGUAGGUGCUGACUGCUCUUCAUGAUGCCAGAACUCGGAACGGUCUGAUUUUGUAGGUUACCCCUCUUUUGUGCUUCUUGUAAGGAAGAGCACUGCUACAGGAGGCUCGAGAGCACCAGAGUGCAUCCUUACUUUUGCCGAUUGCAGAUUUCAACUACUCCUGAUAAGGGUACUUCGACAAAUUGGCUUUCUUUGACGAAACAGUUUGACAAAGUAUUUUGCACUCGGUAUCCUCCAAUGCGGAAGUGAUGGCGGGCAGUCUUUUGCACUCAACAUCCUCCAAAUCGCAACUGAUGAUGGGACAACAAUUCACUGGAAUUGAGUCUGAUUGUGUAGGUUGCCCCUCUUCUUUGCUUCUGACUUAGAACCACCAGUUUUGGUUCCCGCUAUGCAGAAAUGCUCACCGGUGAACACGGAGCACAAUCACAGGAUCAGCCUACUUGACCCAAGAGGGGUACUGGGGGAGAGCGCACAUUUCCGAG